UCAAGAACGGAGGUUUUAAUUAAAUGCCCUUUAGAUUUUCAAUUGAAAGCCAAGUCAAUGUUACUCGGUCCACGCCGAGCCGAGCAAACGGAGUAAUAGAGAACGGCACAAAGGCGUGGAAGUAGUAAAAACGGGGAUGUGUCAAUAUCAAACCCGGCGACCGGGUAAAAGCCACGUGGGGGGCUUUAAUAACAGAAGUAACGAUGACUUUUCAAAUGCUACGUAGAAAGGCAGAGAGAAAGAAAGAAUAUUAGUCAAACCUCCCCAAUGCCGCCAAUCCAUGGCCGAUCAUCCUCCCUCUCUAUAAACCCCAAAUUCUCUCUCUACAAACCCCCAAAUUCUCUCUCUAAAAACCCUUCUGAGAAAUUCUUGAUUCAACCACAAAAUCAAUCCCCGAACCCCCACAUCUUCGUCUUUCCCAUCCCUCUGUUCUUCUUCCAUGGCGCGGUCACAUGUUCCAGCUUUUGGGAACUGGGAAAGUGAAGGGAAUGUUCCAUACACAGUGUUCUUCGACAAGGCCAGAAAGGGCAGAGGCGGCGGACCAAUCAGAAACCCCAACGAUCCUGAGGAAUAUCCAGAAAUGUUCGCCGCCGACAACACACCCAAAAAGGACGAUUCUCCAGCUCCGGCGCCGAUACCCACGACCCACGAGAGGAGGCAGAGCCGUGAAUACGGCAGCUCCCCUGCCCACCGUGAAAAUCCCAGCCGAAAACAGAGUGGAACAGAGUAUAGCAUCGACCGCUCGCCUCUCCACCGCCAGGCAAAGCCGUCGGGAAGAGAGAGCCCAAUGGUGGAGAACAAGGGGUCCGAUGGUGGCUAUGGAAAUCGCGGGAAAUCUAGAACGAAGCCGCUUCAGGCGGAAGGGACGGCGGUGCCGAAAUUUGGGUCGUGGGAUGUGAACAAUCCGGCGUCGGCGGACGGUUUUACUCACAUAUUUGGUGAAGUUCGGAAGGAGAAGUUGGGGCCGGGAACGCCGCCGCGGCAGCCGCAUUCUUCUUCGCCGUACAACAAUCUUAAAAACCCAAAAGCCGACAACAGCGCCAAGGGAUGUUGCUGCUUUCCAUGGCUAAGUAAAUAAGUUUGAACUGUGUGGGCUUUUACUGUGCGGACUGGGCUCUGUUUAUGAACUAUAUGGGCUUUUACUGUGGGCUCUGUUUAUGAACUGUGUGGGCUUUUACUGUGAAGAUUGGGCUCGUUUAUGAACUGUGGGCUUUUACUAUGGGCUCAUUUAUAGACUGUGUGGGCUUUUACUGUGCAGACUGGGCUCUGUUUAUGAACUGUGGGCUUUUUUGUAGUUAUUUUUAUAUAAAAUUUUCCUUUUUCUUUUUU